UCCAGCUCACGGGUCCCUCCCUCGUUCUCUUUCUUUCUCUGUGAGUUGAAUUUCUAGGGAAAAAACUUCUCCUCUGUGUUUUUUAUUGUUAUCAAUUACUGAACAGAAGACUUCAAUUUUGGCUUUGCAUGUUUCUGAUCUCAAGUCAGAGUGAAAACGUUUUUCCGCAAAAGCCAUGGCUCUGGUCUUGUAUGCAGUGAAGGGACACGAAUAUGGUUUCAAGACCCGCAUAGUUGCGGAGUACACUGGUGUAAAAGUUGAACUUGCACCUGACUUUGAGAUGGGUGUCACCAACAAGACUCCUGAAUAUUUGAAGUUAAACCCUAUUGGGAAGGUUCCCCUGCUGGUAACACCUGAUGGUCCAAUCUUUGAGAGUAACGCCAUUGCACGUUAUGUUGCUCGCUUGAAGGCUGACAAUCCUCUUAUUGGUUCUUCUCUGAUUGAUUAUGCCCAUAUUGAGCAAUGGAUUGAUUUUGGAUCAUUGGAGAUUGAUGCUAACGUAAUGAGCUGGUUUAAACCAAGAUUCGGAUCUGCUGUGUACCUUCCUCCAGCUGAGGAAGCUGCGAUAUCUGCUUUAAAGAGAGCGCUAGGUGCCUUGAACACCCAUCUUGCUUCGAACACAUACCUAGUUGGGCAUUUUGUAACCCUUGCUGACAUUAUUGUCACAUGCAAUUUGUUUUGGGGGUUCACCAAGCUCAUGACAAAGAGCUUCACUUCGGAAUUCCCCCAUGUUGAGAGAUACUUCUGGACCCUGGUCAAUCAACCAAACUUCAAAAAGGUAAUGGGUGAUGUCAAGCAGACUGAAUCUGUUCCACCUGUUCCAUCCACAAAGAAGCCUUCCCAGCCCAAAGAAACUAAAUCCAAGGCCAAGGAGGAGCCCAAGAAAGAAGCCAGAAAGGAGCCAGCAAAACCCAAAGCAGAAGCUGCUGAGGAAGUGGAACCAAAACCAAAACCCAAGAAUCCUCUUGAUCUGCUGCCCCCAAGUAGUAUGGUAUUGGAUGACUGGAAGAGACUUUACUCUAACACAAAGACCAACUUCCGUGAGGUUGCUAUUAAAGGAUUCUGGGACAUGUACGAUCCUGAGGGAUAUUCUCUUUGGUUCUGUGAGUACAAGUACAAUGAUGAAAAUACUGUAUCCUUUGUGACAUUGAACAAGGUCGGUGGAUUUCUUCAGCGCAUGGAUCUGGCCCGCAAGUAUGCUUUUGGGAAGAUGCUAGUGAUAGGCUCAGAGCCACCAUUUAAGGUGAAAGGGUUGUGGCUCUUCCGUGGGCAAGAAAUUCCUCCAUUUGUGAUGGAGGAGUGCUAUGACAUGGAGCUCUACAAGUGGACGAAGGUUGACCUUUCAGAUGAAAACCAGAAGGAGCGUGUCAACCAGAUGAUUGAAGACCAGGAGCCUUUUGAGGGCGAGGCUCUGUUGGAUGCCAAGUGCUUUAAGUGAAAUAUCUAAUCCCUUACUGCAAGGAUGCGUUUUUGGUCUGCCCAUCUUUUUUUGUUAGGGUUCGAUUCCGUGGUCAAUUUUAGACAGUUUAGUCUUUGGUGUAAUUGAGUGACAAGCAUAAUUUAUAAUCCAUGUUUUUGAGUUUGAUUUUGGAGAAUGGUUUAGACAUUUAAAAUGCUAUAUGGUACAAUCUUUUCAUCAGAUGUAUACUUAUUUUCCCAUCAAUGUUACUGUGAACAACUAGAAGCUGAGAAGAGUAUUAUCAAGUAGUUCCUUCUU